CCUGUCUAGUAUAGCCGGGGAAGGGCACUCUCCUCUGUUUUUCCCUCCCAAGUCCCAGCAACGAGGGCACGGGCACUCGCCGGCGCCGCCGCCGCCGCCGCCGCAGCGCGUCAUCCUCUUCCUCUCCCUCCUCCGCGUGUCAUGUUCGCGCACGGCUCUCUCGCGAGGUUUAGCCAGCUUGCUCGAAGGCCCCUGCGCGCCGCUGGCUCCCCGCUCCGCUGCUGCCUUCAGGGAUCAGUUGGUCCAAAUAAUUUGCCCUCCUCUGCCAUGGAACAGGGGCAGGGAGCUACAAACAAUGCGCCGAAACAUAGGAAAACAGAUUCACCUGUGCAGAGAUGGAGGCCAGUCUCAACACAAGCAUCUUCCCCAAAAGCUCACCUUGAUGACCUAUCCAAUUCCGCAAGGAAGCAAACGGUGGGGACUUCCAUCAGUGAUAGUGAGAAUUUGGCAUCGGAUGAAAACACUAUGGAGGUAAUGGGAGAAAAAUAUCCCUCUUCUGUUGAGGUAGAUGUUCCUCUAAUGCGUUUUCUCAAAGGAAAAGGUGGAUCUGUGCAGAAGCAGAUUGAACAGGAGACUGGAGUUAAAAUCAUUUUCCCAUCUGCAAAGGAGGAAACACUUGUUGCCCUCGAAGGCAAAAGUGCUGAAAGUAUUAGAAAAGCAUCAGAGAGGAUUUCAAAGAUCCUUGAAGAGGCUGUUCAAAGUCCAAUGCUAGAUUACUCGCAUUUCAUAUCACUUCCGUUGGCCAUCCACCCGGCUCUUGUCGAGAAGCUAAAUAACUUCCAGAGGUCGAUCCUCGGGGCGUCUGCAUCUAAUGUGGAUAGUGAUAAGGAUGAAAGCCUAAGCGAAGGUUCUAUGGAAGAAAUUGAUGAAGCAGCGAACCCUAGUGUUUCAGUCAAGCUGCCAGUCAAAGAAGAAAUUUCUGUCAUAGUGAAAAUGGAUAAUAAGGGCUCCCAACCAGAGUUCGGCAUUGACAAGUCGAUAUUCAUAAAACCCAAAACGUUUCACCUAACGGUUCUUAUGUUGAAGUUGUGGAACAAGGAUCGUAUUGCUCAGGCUUCUGAAGUCCUCCAGUCAAUAUCUUCCCAGGUAAAUGAAGCUUUGGAAAACCGACCUAUCUCUAUACGACUUAAGGGUCUGACAUGCAUGAAAGGCUCACCAGCUAGGGCCCGUGUUGUAUAUGCUCCAGUACUUGAAAUUGGUGGAGAAGGGCGCCUUGUUCGAGCUUGCAAGGUAAUAACUGACGCCUUCGUCAAGUCAGGCCUGGUUCUUGAAAGGGAUGCCAAACAAGAAUUGAGGUUGCAUGCAACCAUAAUGAAUGUGCGCCACAGGAAGAGCAAGAAAUCGAACCGAAGAAACGAUUCGUUCGAUGCUCGGGCUAUAUUCAGACAAUACGGGGAACAGGAUUGGGGCGAGUACCCAGUACCGGCAGUGCACCUAUCGCAGAGGUUCAAGUUCGACGAGGGUGGAUACUACCAUUGCUGCUGCUCGAUUCCCUUGCCUGAGGUGGCUCAGACGGAGUGAGCUCCGUGUGUUUUCAACACAAUGCAGUAUUGAAUCUCAAUGUAAGAUCAAUGAUAUAGGAUUUAGAUGUGCAAUACUUAUGGCACAUCUAGAUGUGCUUUAGCAAAACUGUUUAUGUAUUGCUUGGGCCUCGUGGGCAUAUUUAUAGGAGUUCAAUGACCAAUUUGAAGUACAAAACAAGGCAGGACAAAUC